AUGCUUCGGCCGCCCAAAGUGGUGCCGGAAGCUCCGACUCUGACAAGAGAUCAGAUAGCUGUUGAAGGAACUGUAGACACAAUUUCCCAGAGUGAAAAGACGAGUAGUGCUACUACUAAAGAUGAUGUUCAGGAUGAUUCUAUUAACAGCAACAAUGUUAUUCCCUCGAUAAAACAAGAGAACAUCGAUGAUGGUGGGAAAGCGAGUAGUUUACGCAAACCUUUAGACCUCGACGAUGUCUUGGUCAAUGAAUUGGGGCAGUUUGGAUGGUUCCAGCUGCGAAAUAUACUUCUUGUCUCUGUGCCUAUCGUAAUGUCAGCAUUUAUGACCGAGUACGUCUUCUCAUCAGCUGCAAUACCACACAGAUGUCGAAUACCGGAAUGCGGGGAGGAUGGAAAAUUACAUGAGUUUGAACCUGAGUGGAUCUCGAACGCUAUACCGGAGACCAGCUCCGGGCUCUCCAGCUGUCAGAGAUACGUUCCUGUGAAUCUCGACAGUGACCGAUCUGUGGACAAUUGCCCCGCCACAAUGUUCAAUCAGUCGGCAACUGUUGCGUGCGAUGGAUUUGUUUACAAGAGAAAUAACACUGUCGUUUACGAUUUUGAUCUCGGAUGUCAGGACUGGCUGCGAGCUUUAGCUGGUACGCUGAAAAGUAUUGGAACAUUGCUAGUAUUGCCAAUUACGGGUUAUAUUUCUGAUCGAUUCGGGCGCAGAAUAGCUCUCGUGAUCAACAUGUUCAACUUAGCUCUCAUCGGCCUCAUCCGCGCCUUCUCCGUCAACUACACCAUGUAUUUGGUUCUACAGAUUACACAAACUACACUUGGAGCUGGGACAUUCAGCUCUGCUUAUGUUUUUGGUGCUGAACUUGUCGGACCAAAAUAUCGUGUACUUACAAAUGCUAUAACUUCGUCCAUGUUUUCGGUUGGGCAGAUUAUACUCGGAACAGUGGCCUGGUUGAUACCCUCUUGGCGAUACAUGAUUAUGGUCCUUCAUAUUCCAUGUUUUCUCAUCAUCAGCUACUAUUGGAUUUUGACUGAAAGCGUCAGGUGGCUCCUUUCGAAAGGAAAGUUUACAGAAGCAAAACAAGUAUUGGAAACAGUAGCAAGGGUCAACAAAACUUGUAUUAGUGAAAAAAGUAUGGAAGCGCUUACUAACUCAGCACUAUCUGUUCAAUCUUCUGAUAUAAAAAAGCCAGCUCUUUUCCGAAGUAUAAUACGUUCUCCUACCUUGCUUCGGCGAGUGUGCACCACUCCAAUUUGGUGGGUCACCGCGACGUGCGUGUACUACGGCCUGUCGAUCAACUCCAUUAACCUCUCCGAAAUGAUGCACUUGAACUAUAUAUUGACCAGUGCCAUUGAAAUCCCAGGCAGCCUUGCCACAAUUUUUGUACUUGACAAAGUUGGAAGGAAGGCUACUCUCUCGUGUAGUUUUUUCUUUAGUUCCUUAUGCAACAUUGUCUUUGUGUUCAUCUCGAAUGAAUUAUACGCUCUUCGUUUUGCGAUCUUUCUACUUGGUAAAUUUUGCAUCUCUAUUGCAAUGGCGGCGCUGUAUCUGUACACUUCCGAACUUUAUCCGACUGAAUUCCGUCACAGUCUCCUUGCAUUUUCAUCCAUGAUCGGUCGCAUUGGGCAUAUCGUUGCACCUCUUACUCCUGUACUGGCUAAUUACUGGCACGGUACCCCAUCAAUGCUAUUUGGCGUUAUGGGGAUUAUAUCCGGUAUUCUGGUGUUCACACAGCCUGAUACUACUGGUACCAAGCUACCUGAUACGCUGGCUGAAGCUGAAGCUGUUGGGCAGAAAGUUCAAAGUAGGGCACAG